AUGAAAACAUAUUUGAAUCGAUCAAGAUUUAAUUCAUCACGAUAUUCAUCAUUUAUGAAUAAUAAUUCUCGAUAUUUAAAUGAAAAUAUUCAACCUUCAAAUUAUUCUAAUUUACCAACAAUUGAGUCUCGUUAUCCAAUAUAUAAUAACUAUCAAACACCAAAUCAAAAAUUAGAAGAAUUAAAACAAAAAGGAAUUACAAUUCAAUUACUUACGCUUCAGAGUCCAUUAGAAGUUCAAAUGAAUGGAUUUGAACGUGGUAUAAUUCCAGCUGGUGUUAAGGUUCAUCUUAUUAAAUCUCAUCAAGGAUCAUAUAUUAGAACACCAGAUGGAAAAUUUUUUGCUAUUCGUCAGUCAACAUCAACAGAGAUUAUGAAUCCUAAAUCAAUGCCAGUUGCUCUCCCACCACCACCGCCGCCGCUCCCGCCACCACCGCCACCAUCAACAUCAUCAUAUGGUUUAUUAGACGAGUUAUUACUUGAUUCUUCAAGUCUUCCGUCUACUAAUCUAUCUUCUUCAUCAUUAACGGAUAAUUUAAAUGAUGAAAUUGAUCUUUUAUUUGACGAUUUAAAUGUUACUCUACCACCAUCUUCAUCUACUUUUGAAAAUAUAAAUCUUUGGGAUAAUGAUUGUUUUCAACAAAAUAAUUUUGAUUUAGAUCUUUUUCUAAAUCAAUCAAAUAUUUCAGUAUCAUCAAAUAAUAUUAAUAAUAAUAAUAAUAAUAAUAAUAAUAAUAACAGAUCAAAAGACGAUAUUGAUCUUUUUCCAGAAUCAAUUAUUUAUUUUUACCCAGCAAAAGAAGAUCUAAUGAGACAAAAACUUGUUGAUUGUGGAGAAAUUAUUGGUUUAAUACAAUAUUUCAAAUAUGAUUUAUUCUCAUCUAUACCAAAAGAAUUUAAUUUUAAAAAAUCAUUUGUUAUAUGUCAACAUUAUGGAAGACAUUGUGCGUUUUUAGUUCUAUCUAAAGAUCGAUUCAUUUCAGACGAAGCAAAUAUUCAUCUUAAUCAUAUUCUUCAAUUAUUUAAUAUGCUCUAUGGUACAUUCAAUCAUAUACAAUCCACUUAUCCAGAUAUUCAUCAAAUUCGUAUGUAUCUGAAACAAACAUUAACACCAAUUACGGAAUAUAUAUUUAAUGAAAAUCGUUCAAUAAAAAAUCUUUUUUCAACUAUUGAUUAUGCACCAUUAAAACAAAAUAAUCGACAAUGUUUAUUUAAUAUUAAACAUCUUUUAAAUCAUUUACAAUCAAAAUAUGAAAUUAAAGAUGGACUUUUUGCCUAUGAAAAAAGAAUAUUAUAUUCAACUUUGGAUAGUGAUACAACAUUUUAUCUACAAGUAAUUCUCAAUUUAGAGCACAAUCUAUCAGCAAAUGAAAUAUACAUUCCGUUAGAACCCGAAACAAAAUUAAAAAAUGGUGUAUCACUUAUUCGAAUAUAUAUUCGUCGACCAUUGAGUAUGCAACCAAUUUUAAAUACUAUUAAUGUAAAAACUAAACAAGACACUAACCUUCAAAUACCAUCAGAACCGAUUAAUAUAAUUAUGCCAUUAUUACUUGAGAAAAAUGAAACAUCUUCAUUAAAUAUUCAUUUGAAUAGUACGUAUGAUUCGGUAUCUUCUGGCAUUCAAAGACAAUUUGAUCUAGUUAUUCAAAAAGAUUUAUCUGAUUCAUUAGGAGAAACAACAAGUUUCGAUACUGAUCGACCAAGGGGUGGUUCAUCCCCAAAUAAAAGUAAGAUAAAUGGUAUUAUACCAUCUGUCAAUAACAAAGAAUCUACCUCAAUGAAACAAUUUUCAAAAGAUGAAUUCAAUUCAAUAUUUUCAUCUAAAUCACAGAAUGAAUUAUUAUCUGAUAUUGAACGAUUAUUGGACAUAAAUAAUCGUUGUUAUUAUAAAACUCCUUCUUCUGAUCAUGCGUGUAUGGCAUUUAGUGCUCGUACGAAAUUGAAUCAAAGUCCGGAACGAAAAAUGAUUGGACUUUCGAGGGGCAAUAUGUUAGCAUCAGUCAAUAGAAUCUUACCUGAUCGUGUGACUUAUUUCUGUCGACGAUUACAAGAGCCUCGAUGA